ACACUUUUUUUUAUGACUUAGCUGUAUUGCACAUGCAUGCCAGAUGGAUGUAAAGUCCAGAUGUUAUCACUGGGAAUCAGAGAAGGGGUCAGAGUUAUCCCGAGAGACUGUUUUCACAUUGGCAGUGCUACCUGUUUGAGUAUAGAUCCUCGAUGAAGGAGAGGAUGGGGUUACAGCGGGGAAGCUUAGCCCUCACACUGCUCUUGGUACUUCAGUUGGCUGCUAGUUCACAGGGACAUCCGUGCCAGGCUCCUGAGCGGAAGUGUGACUUUGUGUGUGACUGUUCAGACUGCAGUGAUGAAGAAGACUGUGGCUACAAAGCAGCAGACUUUGUGUGCGACUUUGAGCGCGCGGGUAUGUGUGGGUGGAAUCGCCAGCCCUCUGAUCCAGCGUACACCUGGGAGAAACGUCAAAGAGGAGACACGCUGCCAGACAGCGGACCCUCCUCUGAUUUCACUCUUGGAACAGCUUCAGGAUGGUUCAUGGGCGUGACUGCAGUGAAGUCAGAUUCUCCCAGAACUGCAGUCUUGACCUCACCCGAAAUGAAGCAGUCCUCACCCACCUGCCGCCUUCGCCUCAGAUACUUCCUAUGGGGUUCAGCGCUGGGACCGACCCCCUUAUGGGCGUCCGUGUGGCGCAAAGAUUCCAAAGAGGCUGUGGUAUGGCGUUCAGAGAGCACCAGUGUGCGUGGCUGGAGGGAGGCCACCAUAUUUCUGGGCCGCAUCUCAACAGCAUUUCAGAUCCGCCUCAACUCCAGACGCUCUAUGGGAAACGCCGGAGACGUGGCGGUAGACCACCUGGAAUUCCUUGACUGUGCUCUGCCACUACCACCUCCAGGUGAGGGCUGUGCAGCAGGUUUGUUUGAGUGUAAGCGUGAGGGCUGCGUGGCGCAGCGGCAGCUCUGUGACGGCACCGACGACUGUGGCGACCGGACCGAUGAGGAGCCAUGUGAAGGAUACUGGGGCUGUGAUUUUGAGAAGGACUUGUGUGAAUGGAACCUGGCUUCACUGUCAAACCUAAAAUGGGUGAGGACAAGCCAAGAAAAGAUCUCCACCACCGAUCCCUCCAGGGGACCCGGCAGGGACCAUUCCACCAACAGUGCCUCAGGUCAUUUUCUGUAUGUCACUGUCCCUGACGGCGGACUCAAAAUGGAUUGGGCCUCUUUCCAAAGUCCACUUCUUGACCCCACCAAUAGCACACAUCCUUGCAAGAUGGUGAUGUAUACCCACCAAUUUGGGCCUCGGUCAGGGGGUCUGACAGUGCUGGUGGCAGACCGUAACAUCUACCCAGUGUGGGAGAGAGGUGGUGCCUUGGGGGACCUGUGGGUAAAGGCAGAGGUGGAGAUUGUCACCAACUCCACUUUCUAUAUUGUACUGAUGGCAGCUGUCAGGGACUUUGCAUACGGCGGUAUUGCUAUCGACAGCAUUACUUUAUCUCCAGAAUGCCGCAUAUCCUCUGGGAAUCAUUCAUCGGCAAAUUUCCCCAAACCUCCUAAAGAUCCUUGUACUUCACCUGACAAGAUGUGUGAUUUUCAUCCAGACUGUGAGGGAGCAGAGGAUGAAGCCAAGUGUGGGGAUUUCUCCUACGCUGCUGGUAGCUCAGGUUGGACAGAUGCAAGUAUUGGGAGCCAAGGUUGGGUGCUCAAUAAGGGUUCCACUACUAAAGAAGACUAUAUAUAUGUAACCCAGGCCCCAGGCCAGCAGUUAACUGAGGCCCAGACUCGAACCCCCCUCCUUGGCCCCUCUGGACCAGUUUGCACCCUCAGCUUCUCCUUUGCUCUAACUGGGAAUCCUCAACACAUUGGUGAGCUGUCAGUCGCGGUGAUUGACAACAUCAUGGGUAGGCACCCUAAGCUGUGGGAAUUCAGUGGAAAGACGGGAAAGGAUGAAGGCGCAUGGAGGAAGGCAGAAGUGCACAUUGGAAACAGGAAACAUCGCUUCCAGUUGGAGUUUCAAGCUCGUGCGAAAAAACUGUGUCGGUGUGCCAAGAUCAAAGUGAAGGAUGUUCGCUUCAUCAACUGUUACACCGGCUAUUUUCCCUUCUCUCCAUCCGGUAUGUCUUGUAACUUUGAAGAUGGUCUCUGUGCCUGGUACCAGGAUAAAAAUGACAACUUUGACUGGUCUGUAGUCUCUGGGAUGGACCACACCAUUCAUGUGGGUAAAAGUCUAGUUGUAGACCUGUUGGAGCCCUCUCUCCGUGGCGUAUCUGGCAAUUUACUGUCAUUCCCACAGCAACCAAUCUCAACUGAGCACUGCCUGGCCUUCUUCUACAAAAUCUAUGGGCCUGAAACAGGUGUGCUGAAUGUAAAGGUGAUUGCUAACAAUGGUUUUGAGAACGUGCUGUGGACCCGUAGUGGAGCCCAUGGUAAUGUUUGGCAUGAGGCCAUGUGCCCAGUAGCCCAUCAGCCCACAAAAUUUCAGCUGGUGUUCGAGACAGUUCGCUCUGGUUUUGACGGGCGGGUGGCUAUUGAUGACGUGAGUUUCCUGGCACGCCCGUGCACAAUGCCAAGGAUAUGUUCCUUUGAAAGCCAGCGCUGUGGCUACAGCAGCUCCGGCACCAAUCGCUGGCUCCACAGGAAUGGACACAGCGCAACAACUGGACCGAAAACUGACCACACACUGGAAACUGAGAUGGGGUAUUAUAUGAUGGUAGAGAGCGAUAAGCAUGUCCUCCCAGUUGGAAGUAAAACAGUCCUCAGCUCUCCCAUUCAGCAAGGAGCACCUCAAGCAAGAUGUUUGCACUUCUGGUAUCACAUGGGCGGAGAGAACCCUGGUUCUCUGACUGUGUACGUGAAACCAAGGGCGGGAGAGAGAGUCAAUAUCUUCUCUGAUAGCCUCAACCAGGGGAAUGUCUGGCGUCAUGGCAGUGGAAACAUCAGCGGUGUUCUUGCUGACUGGCAGCUGGAGUUUGAGGUGGAGGGAGCGGGCGGCAAAGGUACUCACGUCGCAGUCGAUGACAUCGCAAUUUUUGAACAUCUGUGCCAAAGUCAAGGCUCUAAAUGUAACUUUGAGAAAGGUAUGUGUAGCUGGAGCAACAGUCAUGACCCCAAAGUGGACAAACUGGAUUGGGAACUGACCAGCCCAGAAGCAGAGACACUUUACGCUACCCCGCCCUAUGACCACACUCUGGGGACUGAGAAAGGUCACUUCCUGUUCCUGCCCAGCAGCAGCCGGACCCCAGUCAGUGCCAACGCUCAGCUAAUUAGUCCUCACCUGCCUCCAACAAAGGGAACCUGCUUUAAGUUCUGGGUCUACAGGCCAGACUCUGCUGACAACCAGCUUAAGGUGUGGAUGAUAAUUGGAGACCACCUCGAACAGUUGUUGGUGGUGAAUGAACGAGCGACUUGGAAACGCUAUGACAUAAACAUCACUGCUAUUCGGGACUACCAGGUUGCGUUGGAAGGGAUUAAAGGCACGGCAGGAGUCUUGGCUUUGGAUGACCUGGAGUUCACCAUAGGGAUUAACUGCAAUGGAAAAGUAACAGAUCCAGUAAAAUCUGAUUCAGAUAACUAUUCCGGAGGUGUUGGAGCAUCCGUAAUUGUACUCCUGUUGCUGCUGGGCACCCUCAUGUUCCUGUUGUAUUACUACCUGCGAAGCCGUGAGAAAUCCAACCCUGUUUCAAGUCAUCCAUCCAAUCCCUCAGCCAACGCCGGCUUCGGUAAUGACACAUAUGAGCCACAGGACCAUGUGGUGGUACCGCCAGCACAGGGUCACCCAGUGGCAGCUGGCUUCAAUGAUGUAGCAAUCCCUGACUCUCACGAAGUGAGAGAGAGGGAGGUAGCAUGAGACAGAGGAUCUGUGGUCUUGCCACCUUGAGGUGGCUCUGAGAAAUUGGGGCGACAUCACAGCAGGAGAACUGCUUGUGUCGUCCCCACAGAUACAAACACAAACAGACACACAUGCACAAAUACACAGCCAAACUCAUUCUCCGUCAUACACACACACACACACACACACACACACACACAC